GCACGAAUGCGACGAAAUACCCGAACGUCUUGGCGGGUUUUCGCUCGGAGCUGUGUUCACGAGACCAGCUCAGCAACGAGGAAACGAAGGUGACGUUUCUACGAGAAGGAAACAGUGAACGUUUAACUGUAAACGAGAAGAAUAAGGACCAGCAUCGAGGUGGUACUUGCACAUAGGAGACACCAACGCACGGAGAACCUGUCGAGCACCUGAAGUUGCAUUUUAGUCCAACUUUGGCCGCGCUGAUAGGCGGACGAUUCGCAGCUGAAUGAGGCUCAUGGAACCCUUGGGUGUUGCCCCGGAUGUGGUGGAGACGGGCGCAUUGAAAAAAUGGUCCGACUUUCCCGUCCAACAUCGAUUCACAGAUUACUCCAAUUCUAUUGGAGAACCAACUCAUCAUACCAUAAGUCCUUUUCCAUGUCAACCAACGCUUAACAACAAGCUUGCGUUAUGGACUGGGGAUAUUUCUAUUUUACAAGUGGAUGCAGUAGUAAAUUCCACAAAUGAAACAAUGGAUGAUAAUAGUCCUAUGUGCCAAAGAAUAUUUGUUCGAGCUGGAUCAGCACUUAAGAUGGAAAUAUUUAAUGAAAUCAAAGAAUGCAAAACUGGUGAAGUAAGAGUAACACAAGCUCAUGGUUUACCAGCACGCUUUAUUAUUCAUACUGUAGGACCAGUAUACAAUGUAAAGUAUCAAACAGCAGCUCAAAAUACAUUACAUUGCUGCUAUAGAAAUGUUUUACAAAAAGCACGAGAGCUUGGUUUACGCACGAUUGCGCUACCAGUAAUUAAUUCUGUACGAAGAAAUUAUCCUCCCGAUGCGGGAGCACAUAUUGCACUGAGAACAAUAAGAAGAUUUCUGGAGCAAUAUGGCGAUUCUGUUACAUGUAUUGUACUUGUAUUGGAACCGUGUGAUCUUGGAAUUUACGAAGUUCUUCUUCCACUCUAUUUCCCAAGAAAUUUAGCAGAGCAAGAUAACGCGUGUUGGCAACUACCGAACGAUAUAGGUGGAACGGAUGGAGAACCUUUACUUCCUGAUCGACAAAUUAGAAUUAUCGAUAAUCCUCAACAUGCUUUACAUGGUGAUGAAAGUGUAGAACUAUCUGCGCAAUUAGAAACAUCCGUGAAUAUUGGUGAACAUGCGUUUGCACAAAUGCAGGGUGAUUUAGAUCGACAAAGACUUCUUGGAGAAAGGCCACCUGCCGAUCCACUUGCAGAUAUCAUGCUGAAACAAAUGCAACAGAAAGAAAGGUACGAGAGGCUCCUCAGAAGAGCGAAGACAGAGGAUCUGUCGGAAGUUUCAGGAAUUGGCUGCCUCUAUCAAAGUGGAGUUGAUCGUCAGGGUCGACCAGUCGUUAUAUUCGUCGGCAAAUGGUUCCCUGCCACUAAAAUCAAUCUGGACAAGGCAUUACUAUAUCUAAUACAGUUGUUGGAUCCCAUUGUCAAAGGAGAUUACGUAAUCGCUUAUUUCCAUACGUUAACGACUAGCAACAAUUAUCCCAGUCUACAUUGGUUGCGCGAAGUAUACAACGUGCUUCCUUACAAAUAUAAGAAGAAUCUGAAACACUUUUACAUUAUUCAUCCGACUUUUUGGACCAAGAUGAUGACGUGGUGGUUCACGACGUUCAUGGCUCCAGCCAUCAAACAAAAGGUUCACAAUCUACCUGGAGUAGAAUAUCUUUAUGAAGUGAUGUCUCCUGAACAAUUGGAGAUCCCUGCUUACAUCACGGAAUAUGAUAUGACGAUAAACGGAAUGAGGUAUUACCAACCAGACCCAAUCUCUCCGUCGCCAUCGACGUCCACGUAACUCUCCGACCCGGCCUCCCAGCCUGCGAAGCACUGGACAGAACGAAGCAGUCGGAUCGAUCGUUCCACUCGAUAGUACGGUGUCUGUAACGACGCUCGUAAUGCCGUUUCCGCCAGCUCGACACGAUCACGUCGAUUCCGACGACUCCCAUCUGUCUCAGAAGAUGCGUUGCUUCGAUCGAUCAGAGACAGAAUCGGCUUCUCGAGAGCGGGAAAAAGUGCCUGGUGGUGACAGACGAGAGGCGACAAACGCUUGGAGGAUGAAGAAUAGUCGGGUGCUUGAUGCGACAAUUGAUCGAUCGUUGAAAAAUCAAGAAACCACUGCCCACCUGUUUCUUUCAUCAAUCAUCAAUUGUCUGGAGGAAAGGGAAAGAGAUUUCUUCCUUGUCCACCUACGAGGGAAGUUUCUUACGUUGUGUGUCGACGUUGGACGCGAUGUCGCGUAACGCAGAAUUGCGAAGAGGAUCGAUCGGGAGAAGGAUGAGGAGAUUGUUAUUUCGCGUGCUGCGCGGAUAUCGGCUGCCAAAACACCAAUAAUCAGUAUUCUCGUCUUCGUUGUUACGACGGAGCGUGGGAUCUUGUUGUUCUUAAAUAAAUAGCUAGCUAUUCGAUUCGGAUUUAGAGGGAUGAGAGGGGAUGAAGAAUUAAAAUGACGGCUUAAUAAUAAUGUCGAUCGCUUUUUUGUUAUUUUCUUAUCCGUCGUUGUAUAGCGAAUUAUAUAAUCGUCUAUUCGAUUAUUGUAUUUUAUUAUGUCACGUCGAUGAUGAACGGAGUCGCGGUCGUUGGCGUGCAGUAUUUUUCGAUAAAAAAAGAAAAAAGAAAGAGACAAAGAAAUAAAGAAAAAUGGAUUAAAAAAGAUGAAGAAUAUUAUCGUUACGACUAAUGUACUCGGCUAACGAGAAAUAAUAAUAAUAGAGAGUGGCUGGUUCCUUCCGUGGCGCUACAGCUUCGGUUCAUUAACGUGGAUCCGCUUAAUCCAACGUGUUAGAACUGAUUAACGUUAAGUACUCGUUAUGUACAUAAUAUAAAUACAUAUACAUAUAUAUAUACAUAUAUAUAUAUAUAUAUAUGUGUAUAGCUUCAAAUUUAAUGAUGAAUCAAAGGAUGUUAUUUUCAAGUUGUUCCAUUGAGAUUGAGAAGAAUUGCAAAUACAUUCGAUCGAUUCAUCAUCGAAACGAUAAAUCCCAGAGAAAUUCAAUGGCUAAGUGCCGAGGUCGUACUCGCGAUUUAACUAUAGAUUAGAUGAAGCAAUAAACAUUAAGAGCUUUCUCGCAAUCUGUAUACAUACAUAUGUACGUGUAUAUACACAUGUAUGUAUAUAUCUCGUGGGACAGAAUCGUUAUACUCGUUGUUAAGCAUUUUUAGGCGAAAAAAAUAAAGUGUGACGAUAUCGCGUUCGUAGAUCAUUAUUCAAUUAGCCCAUUCCUCUCGGAUUUUCUUCGCGUCAUUUCAUUCUCGUCAAAGUUAAUUCGAAUCAAAAUCAUCCAAAAAUCUAGUCUAAUCCUUGACGGCUUUUGGUUGAUUAACUAACCAAGAACAAUGGGUUAAUUGAUCGUAUCAUGUAUCUAUAUAUUAUAAUUUUACAUUUAUUAUUAACCCCCAAAUAACCCGAGUAUGCUUGAUCGUUGAGAUAUCUUUUUAUUACUUUUUACUUGUAUUUGGGUGAUGUUCAUUGACGUUAGAAUAGCGUUAGAGAAUAGCGUUUCGUUGAAACAAAUGUGUGGAAUGAAAGGGUAUAAUCGUUUAUCUCAUUCGGAAGAUCGUUUUAUUUACUCGGCAUUUUUUCUUCCAUGAUAAAAAAAAUCACAUAGGAAAAUAUUCGUAUCCUAUUGGAUGCAUUUUAUUUUAUUAUUCGAAUUUUUUACUUUCAAUGCUUACCAAAAAAUUGCAUUUUUUUUAUCUAUCAAAGUAUCAUCUUUGUUGUCCAUUUUUUUUUGUAUUCUCCUCGAUUGAUUGUUCUUUAAUAUUUCUACGAAGAAUUACGAGAUACCAAUGGAAACUAAGAAAUAAUUAUCUUCUAUCAAGUUUCAAGUUUACCUCUUUUUAAAUUACAGGACACAAGUGACUUGAGCGUGAUAUGAAAUCUUAAGUCACUCGUGGUCGAUCGGCCGUGCACGUGACAAUUAUUUUCGACGUUUUACGUUGAACGACCUCACUGUCCGUCCCUGACAAUCGUUUAUAGUAAGUAGCCAAUCGUCUCGCAACGCGUCGUCCAAACAUCCUUCUCACCGUUUGUUGAAAAUGAAAAAAUAGCUUAUCGAUUGUUGGAGUACAGUUUGGACGAUCGAACGUUGCCAUUGUCGCGAUCGUGUAACCGUGUUGGUGCAGCGUUUGUGAAUGUCGUAGAUAAGGCAAAGAUUUGUGACAAUAUUCAAUUAAUGCGUGCUUAGCGGGGGCUGAGAUACUAUCCGGAUCUAUUUCAAAGUCCUAAUCUGAUUUUAAUUAGACAACGAUAAAACAAAUAAUUUUACAAUAUUUAAUGUUCAAAACAAUGUAGAUUGAUGAAUUAAAAAUUCUAGCGUGGAUAUUAAUUGUAAAAAAAUAAGAGAUCUGGAUGCCUAAGAUUCAUGAAAUAAAAAAAGAAAAGUAAUAGAAAUUUAUAGCCCUCAUCCUCUUAGAAUUCUUUAUGAAGAAAUAUCUUGAGAGGAAGAAUAUGAGCUACAAAUGUUGAACUGCAUAGGACUUUAAAAUAGACAACCGAACAUUAGGCUUUACGCUUAUAGAAGAUAAUCUAUGGCUUAGAUUUAAAAAAAAAAAAAAAGAGAGAGAGAGAGAGAAGAAGAAGAAAUUAAAUCGAAACCCGUUGUUCCCUCGCUUUUAAGAGCUACGAAACGAAAAACGGCCAAAUCGAAUGAUGAAGAGCUUGUAAAACUGUGUGUGACGGUAGUGUUUUGUCCAUCUUAGGAUCCUGAGACGUUUAUUUUCCGAACUUUUAUGAUCGUGCACAGUCAUAGGCGUCGGGAUCGAUGCCGUAUCACGUCUCACAAUAAUAUAUUUCCAAUUGUAAUUCGUUAAACAAGUGAUUAAAGAAUUGAAUCGAGGCAAAAUAGAGAAACAAAUACAAAAGUGAAAAUUUAUUAUAAGAAUUUUCGUUGAAAAAAGAAAUUGAGUUUAAAAUGUAUAAAAUUAUUUUUAAGAAAAUUUGUUGUAUAUUUUAUUAUUAGAAAAAAAAGAAAAGAGAAAAGUAAUAUUUUCGGAAGAGGAAAAAUUAUUCUCACUAGUUUUUCAUCUAUUUUUUUUUAUCACAGAAUCAAAAUUUCGAUACGAUAAAUCAUCGCGUAGAUCAAUUAACGAGACAAAUUAGAAGCGAUAUUGUUCUAUUAAUCGUGCUGAAAUUAAUUGUUAACCGCGUUUCCAUUAAUCGCAAAAUUUUGCUAUUAUUAGGAUUAAUCGUUGAACGCAUUAUUAAAGCUGAAUUUUAUAUGAGAAAAAGUAUAUAUAUAUACAUAAAUGUAUAACCUAAUUCUUUUAUCGUUCUUUGGAAAAAUGGCGGAUUCAUAAUUUUCAUUCGAUGCAUUCAUAAUUUCAAUCGAUUUACACGCGAUUUCUUGCGAAUUUCUAUUUAUCCGUAAUUCCUUCUUUCGAGAAUCGUCGAAAUCUCGAUUAAGGGGACGAAUAUGUUUUACGUUUUUCUUUUUCUAAACAAAGAUUUUUUACCAAACGUGAAAUCUCAACCCGGUGAGAGACGAGAUCGGAAGCUUCGGAAAUUAUACGUGCAUUAUUGUAUGUAUACGUUGUAUACGCGUAUUACGAUAUACUGGUUAACCUAAUUAUAAUUGUUGUCGCGAUGGUAAUAGAUUCUAAUUAAUCAAGGUAUAUAUUUUUCUCUCGGUGCCGAUGCACGGCCUCUAACAGGUGCACACCUUGCCCUUUCAUCUGUUUUUUUAUAGAUCGAGCAAUAAAACUUAUUGUUUCAACAGAA